UAGAGUUUGAUUGCUGCUAAGCAAUCCUAGAAUCGAAUCUAUCUACAUGGUAAUGAGCGUGCCUUAUAUAGACUAUGUUCCGAAUGUGAUCUCUCCUGAUCUGUCACAGAUCGCAGAGAUCACUUCCCUUGAUCUGUUGUGAUCCCUCAAUGAUCACUGAGAUCACUCUCUUGGCAAUCACGUGAGGUCACGUGAUUCCUUCUUAUGUAAUCCUCUUUCUGCCGGUCGGUGAUUUCUCUGGGCGGGUGUCGUCAGGAGGGGUGUGACCCCACCUGGCCUCCCUGGUACCGGCCCAACUGUCUGGUCGUAACAUCAGGUCUCCUCUCCUUUGGCCAAGUCCCUUUGGCCUUUAAGUAUCGCGUAGCCAAACCUAAACCUGGUCGUUCGUCGACAGAGCGCCGAUCCGCCCUCCUCUCUUCUCUCCUGGCGUCAACGGUGGAGAUGCCUUCUUGUUCCUCGUGUGAGUCUCGUGGGGUGGCCAAAUGUUCGGUCUCUCCCCAGGAUUCUUCUCGCUGUGUGGAGUGCUUGCGUUUCAAUCGUCCUGGUUGUGACGUGCUGGGCUUUUCUUCCGCGAAAAUCCGGAGUAUUGGCCUUCAGCAUGCUCGGAUGGAAUCCGAAAUGGAGGCCGCUGAGGAGGCGCGUCGUCAGAUUGAUGCGAAGAUUGAGCGCCUUCGAAAACAAAAGCGGAUGUGGUUUGAAAAGAUGAUGCGAGCUGUGUCUCGCGGAAUUGAUGACUUGGAGGAAUUGGAUCGGGUGGAGCGUGAGGAGGCGGAACAGGAGGAGCGUCGACGAUCAACCGAGGUCCUGCCUGAAGUGUCCUUGGAGUCGCUUCUUCCGGAUUCCAAUUUUGUCUGGGAUUCGACUUUCCCGAUGGGUCCUCUAAAUCCUUCGUUGUUGGAUGAGAUGAAUGUUCUUGCGCAACAUUCCGUUGGUUCGUCUGGUGGUAUGGUUUCGAGUCCUGGUCGGCCCUUAACUUCUGGGAAUGAUCCAACUCCUGAUAGUAUUGGCGGAGCGGUUCCUGGCAAUCCUGGAGGUGGUUAAGGGGUUCCCAAGUGUUUUCUUCAUGCCCAUAGUUUUCCCAUUUAACAAGGUACUCUGUUUUGCCGUGGUUUCGUCUGUGGUCGAGUAUUCGUUCA